UUCAACAAUCAUUAUCGCUCAGUAAAAUUUUGCACUUAGUGGAGUACACAGUUAUUUUUAUUUAUUAAAUAAAUUUCACAAUGUCGGAAAUUCAAGAAUUUUUUGAAGGCCAACAUUUCUUCAUUACAGGUGGAACAGGAUUUAUUGGCAAAGUUUUAGUGGAAAAACUUUUACGUUCUUUACCAAAAAUUGGAAAAGUUUAUCUCUUAAUGAGACCGAAAAAGGGUAAAGAUAUUCAUGAAAGAUUUAAUAAAUAUUUUAACAUUAAAUUGUUUGAUUCUUUGAAAGAGAAAGAUUCUUCUGCAAUAGGGAAAGUUAUUCCAUUAAGUGGAGACGUAACGAAGCCUAAUUUAGGAUUAUCAAAUGCAGAUCGUACAAAAUUAAUAAAUGAGGGGUCGAACUUGGGACCACUUUUGUUUGUCAUUUACAUGAAUGAUAUUAGGAAGAAUACAUUCAUGUAUUGCUACAAUAUUGGUCGGAAAGAACUUGUAAGAGUGACUAAAUUGAGUGAUUUGGGAGUACUUUUGUGUAAUAAUCUCAGUUUUGAUGAGCACAUAUCUGCAAUCAUUUCUAGGGCUUUAAAAUGUUUGGGGUUUGUUAUGAGAAAUGCAUCAAUUUUUCAUACUGAAAAUGUGCUUAAAGUUCUCUAUUUCUCUCUUGUGAGACCAAUAUUAGAGUAUGCUUCUAUAAUUUGGGUACCAUUUUAUACAAUCUACAGAGUAAGAAUAGAACGUGUUCAGAGUAGAUUUUUUCAAUUUAUAGCAUGUCAACUUCGUAUACCUUUUGACAGAUACAGCCAUGAUUAUAGUAGCUUACGUAUUCUUUUGCAGAUACCUUUGAUAACAUCCAGAUUUCUAUUUAAUGACAUGACCUUUUUAUACAAAAUUUUAAAUGGUAAAAUUGAUUGCACAUUAUUAUUGUCAUUGAUUAAAUUGUCAGUUCCCAUUCGAGGAACCAGAAAUUUUACGUUAUUUUUUAAAUCUUUUCACAGAACUAAUUACGGAUGUCAUUCGAUAUUUAAUAGACUUAGUAGAGAGGCUAAUGAACUUCCUAAUUGCAUCGACUUUUUUGAUAACAAUUUUACUAGAUUCACCACAUUAUUACGUAAAAAUAUACUAAAAUCAUUGUAGUAAGGUCGGCUUAGUUAAUAUAAAUUAGAUAAGUUACUUGUAUGUUACAAGAUUAUGUAACUUUUA